CAACACCCCUAGCAACAGAAGAACGCCUAUCUCUGUUACGCCUAUCUCUGCUCCUUUUUCUUCCCUACGACAUAGUGAUGAACGACAAAGAAGCAGAUCAAUUACAAUGCAGUAGAAACAUACCAAAAUGAGUCAAACGGGAAAACAGUUUUAAAGAUAAAUUAAUAUCUUCUGACAAUACCAACAUACACCUAGAUUUUGAAUGCAAUUCUUUUAGCAACAUCUCUCUUGAAGAUGAAAACACAAACCCGGAAAAUCACCCAAACUUCAUCCCCAUCUCAGCACAAGACGAAGAAAGACUAUACCAACCAUGACAACAAUCCAUCAUCAUCAAGCUGCUUGGGAAGAAGUUAGGGUACAUCCAACUAAGGGACAAGCUUCAUCGAUUAUAGAGAUCAUCGGAAGCUCUAAAUUUAAUAGAUCUAGCAAUUUGAUGGUCACGGCAAUUUGAUGCAUAAAAUUACAACGAAGCUUGCGGUGGGCUCUUAUGGUGAAGAUGAACUGAUGAGUUUACUACAAACGUUAUACAUCAAACAACCUGCAUCUACCACUUCAUUUUCUGGUGAUGAUUAUGAACCAGAGUGGUUUGAAUACAAAAUCAAAGAGACCAAUAUGUUUACCGUGGACAAAUAUCAACAGAUUGGCUUCUUCCCCAAGGAGAAGGCGUAUGCACUAAGAUAUCAGACUGCUGGCAUGUUAGAGACAGUGUUAAGACAGGGAGUGCUUGGUGAAGAUGAUAUUGGAGAAGAAUCACCAAGAAAUCUGAAGCUCCCCUCUAAACGACCUUCUAUUGUAUGUGAAAAUUGUCUUUAUUCACUGGAGAAAGAUAAGCGAGUGAGAGCCUUUCAUAUAAUGGACCCAAAAGGGAUUCUGGAAAUGCUUCUAGUUUUCCUUGAAGAAAGAGGCAACGGAGAGGUCAUUCCUCCCUCCUUUGACAAUUUGAAGGAGGAUUCUGAAAGGAUUAUGCCUCAUCUUGGAACUUGGAAAGGUCAUUCUCUAACAAAGCGUACUGGUGUUUAUGGAGCAACAAUUACUGAAGCAGAAACUACUGCUGUUCUUGAAAUGAACAAGGAUGGCCAGCUAGUUCAGGAUAUCACGUCUACCUCUGGUGCAAGUAAUGUUACAACCAAUGUACAUUGGACCGGUACCAUAUCCGAAAACCUAGUGACAUUCGACGGUGGUUUCCAGCUUACUUUGUUACCUGGGGGCAUUUACAUGGGAUACCCGUCCGAUGUGGCCAACAGUGUGCAAGAAUCCAAGUCAUUUCAUCUGGAGUUAUGUUGGCUUGAAUCGCCUGGCAAGAGACAAAGACUUAUUCGCACUUACGAUGUAGAGGGCCUGGCUGUUUCAUCUACAUAUUUCAUUGAGUCCAAAAUCUGAGUUGCUUUUCCUGAUUCAAAGAGAGUUGCUUCAGGCAGCAUAUUUUGCUCCUACAUUAAUCUUUCUUCUGGAUACAAUUCACCAUUAUAGUAUCAAUUGCUUCUUUAUAUAGAAGAUACAAUAGAAGAUAAGAGUAAUUGUGUCGCGUUAUUUUUAUCUAUUGGUGCUGACAAAUGCUCUACCCAAUGUAUAUAGAAUUCCCCAAGAACUUAAGCAAUAGGGGGUUCAAUGAACUUUUUUGCGUCGUGGAAAACGAAGAAUUGCAUUCACUAUUUGUAAAGAUAUCCAUUUUGCAUU